UCUCUCUCUCUCUCUCUCUGGAAUGCUGCAAAUGAAAAAACCUCUCUCUCUCUCCUCUUUCUCUCUCUAAACCUCCCUUUCCCUUUCCCCAUAAUUCUUUCUUCCCUCCUCCUCCUCCACAAGAUUCAUCUGCUAAUUUUUCUUUUUUCUUACAGCGAAUUUGACUGGGGUUUCCUUCCUUCCUUCUUCUUUCUUCCCUCUCCGAACUUCCCAAAAGUUGAUUCGAUCAUCUUCGAUUAGCAGAAUACAUUUAUUUGGGCAAAAAAUGGAUGCGCAGACAAGAGACGACAGUAUACUUCAAAACUCCCAAAAUCAGGCCAAGGAAUUCGAGGAUUCCAAAUUGAAGGGGACAGGAAGUAUCUCCGAUGAUGUCAGAACGGCGGCUCCGGCGCUGGCGCCGGCGGGGAAGAGCCCCGGGAGCAUUAGCAAUAGAGACAUGAUCUUUAGAGCUGAUAAAAUUGACCUCAAAAGCUUAGAUGUGCAGCUGGAGAAGCAUUUGAGUCGAGUUUGGUCGAAAAACGUCGUCGAGGCGCCUAAUCCGAAGGAAGUGUGGGAGAUUGAUCCUUCCAAUUUGGAGAUUCGAUACCUCGUCGCUCGGGGAACUUACGGGACGAUAUAUCGUGCCAAUUAUAAUAGCCAGGAUGUGGCAGUGAAAGUGUUGGAUUGGGGAGAGGACAAUGUGGCGACGGCUGCCGAAACCGCCGCGCUUCGGGCAUCGUUCAAACAAGAAGUUGCUGUUUGGCACAAACUCGAUCAUCCGAAUGUCACUAAAUUCAUCGGUGCGUCAAUGGGGACUUCACAACUCAAAGUUCCGUCCAAUAAUUCGUCCGGGGGAGACACAAAUUUCCCGUCGCGUGCUUGUUGUGUGGUGGUGGAAUUUCUUCCCGGAGGAACGUUGAAGAACUUGUUGUACAAGAACAGGAAAAAGAAGCUCGCCUACAAAGUCGUGAUCCAGCUCGCCUUAGAUUUAUCGAGAGGGCUGAGCUAUCUCCAUUCGAAGAAAAUCGUGCAUCGCGAUGUCAAAGCUGAGAACAUGUUGUUAGACUCUCACAGGACAUUGAAAAUCGCCGACUUUGGCGUUGCUCGUGUCGAAGCACAAAAUCCGAAGGAUAUGACUGGCGAGACUGGAACACUCGGAUAUAUGGCGCCGGAGGUAUUGGAUGGAAAACCGUAUAAUCGAAAAUGCGAUGUCUACAGCUUUGGAAUAUGUUUGUGGGAAAUUUAUUGCUGCGAUCUUCCUUAUCCCGACCUCAGUUUUGCCGAAGUCUCGUCUGCUGUUGUUCGACAGAAUUUACGGCCAGAAAUUCCCCGUUGCUGUCCAAGUGCGGUUUCGAACAUCAUGAAGAAGUGUUGGGACGCAAAUCCGGAUAAAAGGCCCGACAUGGACGAAGUUGUCCAAAUGUUAGAAGGGAUCGAUACGAGCAAAGGAGGAGGUAUGAUUCCCGAAGAUCAGGCCGGAGGCUGUUUUUGCUUUCCGCCUAUGCGCGGGCCGUGAGAAUUUAUAGUCUUUUCGCUAUAAAUAUUUCGUCAAGGUGUUUCGAUGCGUCGAAUAUUGAAAAACACUUGUGGGGUGAAGGGGAAGGGGGUGUUGUUGGUUCUUCAUCAUUUUAUGAUUGCCAAAUAAUUGUAUGGUUAUUUCUUGAUGAACAAUUUUUUUGUAGAUGUGAACCUAUCCAUUGUUUUGAAGAAGAUAUUACAUGCAACAAGAAAUAUAUAGUGUCAGUAAACCAUAUGUACUAUGCAAUCCUAGUGAAUUUCUUAUUUCUAUAGAAAUAUGUUACUACUA